GCGCGCGCGCAGGCUCUUCAGCUGGAGCGGACACACGGUGUGCGAACCGAACAGAAUAACCCGCCCCCAGCGGGAUAUGAAGGACUCCGGGUGAGGCCGGCCACGCCCCGCACGGAUGGGAAGGCCAUUGUGACUAUGUGGUGAUUACAGUUGUCUUACUACUGAGUUUCCUACUGAAAUCAUGGAGGAGAAACAGCAGAUUAUAUUGGCUAAUCAAGAUGGUGGAACAGUGGCAGGAGCAGCACCUACCUUCUUUGUCAUCUUAAAGCAGCCAGGAAAUGGCAAAACUGAUCAAGGAAUUUUGGUUACUAAUCAGGAUGCCUGUGCUUUGGCUAGUAGUGUGUCAUCACCAGUAAAAUCUAAAGGGAAGAUUUGCCUUCCAGCUGAUUGUACUGUGGGUGGAAUCACUGUUACCCUCGAUAACAAUAGUAUGUGGAAUGAGUUCUAUCAUCGAAGCACAGAAAUGAUUCUGACCAAGCAAGGAAGACGCAUGUUUCCUUAUUGUCGUUAUUGGAUAACAGGUUUAGAUUCAAAUUUGAAGUAUAUUCUUGUCAUGGAUAUAUCUCCUGUGGAUAACCAUCGUUAUAAGUGGAAUGGUCGUUGGUGGGAACCCAGUGGGAAGGCUGAACCUCAUGUUUUGGGGAGGGUUUUUAUUCAUCCAGAAUCUCCUUCCACAGGUCAUUAUUGGAUGCAUCAACCAGUAUCUUUCUAUAAACUCAAACUUACCAACAAUACACUGGACCAAGAAGGGCAUAUCAUCUUGCACUCUAUGCAUCGUUACCUGCCAAGGCUUCAUUUGGUGCCUGCAGAAAAGGCUGUGGAGGUGAUACAAUUAAAUGGCCCUGGUGUCCACACUUUUACGUUCCCACAGACUGAAUUCUUUGCAGUCACAGCUUAUCAGAACAUUCAGAUUACUCAGCUGAAAAUAGAUUACAAUCCAUUUGCCAAAGGCUUUCGGGAUGAUGGGCUGAAUAGUAAGCCCCAAAGAGAUGGAAAACAAAAGAACAACUCUGACCAAGAAGGGAAUAUUAUUUCCAGUUCUUCUGGUCAUCGGGUCCGUCUUACAGAAGGUCAGGGGUCAGAGAUACAACCAGGUGAUUUGGAUCCUUUGUCAAGGGGUCAUGAAACAUCAGGCAAGGGUUUGGAGAAGACCUCCCUUAAUAUAAAACGAGACUUUCUUGGUUUCAUGGAUACUGAUUCAGCACUUAGUGAAGUUCCUCAAUUGAAGCAAGAGAUUUCUGAAUGUCUUAUUGCCAGCAGUUUUGCAGAUGACUCCCAUGUAGCCUCACCAUUAGACCAGAAUGGAAGCUUCAAUGUUGUUAUUAAAGAGGAACCUCUAGAUGAUUACGACUACGAACUUGGUGAGUGCCCAGAAGGGGUCACUGUGAAACAGGAAGAGACAGAUGAAGAGACAGAUGUAUACUCAAACAGUGAUGAUGAUCCUAUACUAGAGAAACAGCUAAAGAGGCACAAUAAAGUUGACAACCCAGAAGCUGACCAUCUAUCUUCUAAAUGGCUUCCAAGCAGCCCAUCAGGUGUUGCUAAAGCUAAAAUGUUCAAAUUAGACACUGGAAAGAUGCCAGUAGUCUAUCUGGAGCCCUGUGCUGUCACUAGAAGCACAGUGAAGAUUUCUGAACUCCCUGAUAACAUGCUUUCCACAUCUCGAAAGGAUAAAUCUUCUAUGUUGGCAGAAUUGGAAUAUUUGCCUACAUACAUUGAAAAUUCCAAUGAGACUGCCUUCUGCUUAGGCAAGGAAUCAGAAAAUGGUCUUAGAAAACAUUCAUCAGAUCUCCGAGUGGUACAAAAAUAUCCCUCACUGAAAGACUCUCAGUGGAAAUAUCCUGAUAUAUCUGAUAGCAUUAACACAGAAAGAAUACUUGACAGUUCAAAGGGUUCAGUUGGAGACUUACUUUCAGGAAAAGAGGACUUGGGCAGAAAGAGAACAACUAUGCUUAAGAUUGCAACACCCCCAAAGGUAGUGAAUGCUAAUCAGAAUGCCUCUCCAAAUGUCCCUGGAAAAAGAGGAAGGCCACGAAAAUUGAAACUCUGUAAGGCAGGACGACCACCUAAAAACACAGGAAAGUCUUUAAUUUCUACAAAGAAUACACCUGUAGGCCCUGGGAGUACUUUUCCAGAUGUGAAGCCUGAUCUGGAAGAUGUGGAUGGUGUUCUCUUUGUUUCCUUUGAAUCAAAGGAAGCUCUAGACAUUCAUGCAGUUGAUGGGACAACAGAAGAAUCUUCUAGUCUUCAGGCAUCAACCACAAAUGACUCAGGUUACAGAGCAAGAAUUUCCCAGUUGGAAAAGGAGUUGAUAGAAGAUUUGAAGUCUUUGCGGCACAAGCAGGUGAUACAUCCUGGUCUUCAAGAAGUGGGCUUAAAAUUGAAUUCAGUGGAUCCAACAGUGAGCAUUGAUCUUAAAUACUUGGGAGUACAGUUACCUUUGGCUCCAGCUACUAGUUUUCCUUUUUGGAACCUUUCAGGAACCAACCCUGCCUCUCCUGAUGCGGGAUUUCCCUUUGUUUCUAGGACAGGGAAAACCAAUGAUUUCACUAAGAUCAAGGGAUGGAGGGGAAAAUUUCAUAGUGCUUCUGCAUCUAGGAAUGAAGGGACCAGCAAACUUUUUCUGGCAUCCCUCAAAACUAAACCUAUCCACACAAUUAUAAGGAAACGAGCCCCUCCCUGCAACAAUGACUUCUGUCGACUGGGUUGUGUAUGUUCCAGUCUAGCUUUGGAGAAGCGCCAACCUGCUCACUGCCGCCGACCAGAUUGCAUGUUUGGUUGUACUUGUUUGAAAAGAAAAGUUGUACUUGUUAAAGGAGGAUCCAAAACUAAGCAUUUUCAGAGGAAGGCUGCUCAUCCUCGAGAUCCAGUAUUUUAUGAUACUUUGGGAGAGGAGGCAAGGGAAGAAGAAGAAGGAAUCAGGGAGGAGGAGGAACAGUUGAAAGAGAAAAAGAAGAGAAAGAAGCUAGAAUACACUAUAUGUGAAACAGAGCCUGAACAGCCUGUUCGACAUUACCCAUUAUGGGUAAAAGUAGAAGGUGAAGUAGAUCCAGAACCAGUUUAUAUCCCCACACCUUCUGUCAUUGAGCCUAUGAAACCGUUGUUAUUGCCUCAGCCAGAAGUUUUAUCUCCUACUGUGAAGGGCAAACUGCUCACUGGAAUUAAAUCUGCACGGUCAUACAUUCCCAGACCCAAUCCCGUGAUUCGGGAAGAGGACAAAGAUCCCGUCUACUUGUACUUUGAAAGUAUGAUGACUUGUGCUCGAGUUCGAGUGUAUGAGCGAAAAAAAGAGGACCAGAGACAACCGUCUUCUUCCUCCUCCCCAUCUCCAUCAUUUCAGCAGCAGAGUUUAUGUCAUUCUAGCCCUGAGAACCAUAGUAAUGCAAAGGAACCUGACUGUGAACAGCAGCCCUUAAAACAACUCACCUGUGACUUGGAGGAUGAUUCUGAUAAAUUACAAGAAAAGAGCUGGAAGUCUCCCUGCAAUGAAGGGGAAUCCUCUUCUACUUCUUAUAUGCAUCAGAGGUCACCUGGUGGUCCCACCAAACUGAUUGAGAUCAUCUCAGACUGCAACUGGGAGGAGGAUCGGAACAAGAUUUUGAGCAUCUUAUCCCAGCACAUCAAUAGCAACAUGCCACAAUCACUUAAGGUGGGCAGCUUCAUCAUUGAGUUGGCUUCUCAGCGAAAGAGCCGGGGUGAGAAGAACCCUCCUGUUUAUUCUUCUCGUGUGAAAAUCUCUAUGCCAUCAUGUCAAGACCAAGAUGAUAUGGCUGAGAAAUCUGGAUCAGAGACUCCUGAUGGUCCAUUGUCCCCUGGGAAAAUGGAGGAUAUCUCUCCUGUGCAGACAGAUGCCCUGGAUUCAGUGAGGGAGAGAUUACAUGGAGGCAAAGGUCUGCCUUUUUAUGCAGGGCUUUCUCCUGCAGGGAAGCUUGUGGCCUAUAAACGUAAACCCAGUUCAAGUACAUCUGGGCUUAUCCAGGUAGCAUCCAAUGCCAAGGUGGCUGCAUCCAGGAAACCACGUACCCUGUUGCCUUCAACAUCCAAUUCCAAAAUGGCAUCCUCCUCUGGCACUGCAACAAAUCGCCCUGGGAAGAAUCUGAAGGCGUUUGUCCCAGCAAAACGGCCAAUUGCGGCUCGACCCUCUCCUGGUGGUGUGUUCACACAGUUUGUGAUGAGUAAAGUUGGAGCCUUGCAGCAGAAGAUACCUGGAGUUAGCACACCCCAAACCCUGGCAGGGACACAGAAGUUCAGUAUCAGACCUUCUCCAGUAAUGGUCGUCACACCUGUGGUUUCUUCUGAGCCAGUUCAGGUGUGCAGCCCUGUGACUGCUGCUGUCACUACUACCACCCCUCAAGUGUUUUUAGAAAAUGUUACUGCUGUGACACCUAUGACUGCUAUUUCUGACGUGGAAACUAAAGAAACUACUUAUUCUUCUGGUGCCACCACUACAGGGGUUGUUGAGGUCUCUGAAACUAAUACCAGCACCCCUGUAACAUCUACCCAGUCUACAGCCACUGUGAACCUUACCAAAACCACUGGGAUAACUACCCCUGUGGCUUCGGUUGCUUUUCCUAAGUCUUUGGUAGCAUCUCCUCCAACCAUAACUCUUCCUGUUGCUUCCACUGCCUCCACCUCCUUAGUCGUGGUGACUACAGCUGCAUCUUCCUCCAUGGUGACCACACCAACUUCAUCUCUGGGCUCUGUUCCUAUUAUACUCUCAGGAAUUAAUGGGAGUCCACCAGUGAGCCAGAGACCAGAAAAUGCUGCUCAAAUUCCAGUGGCUACUCCACAGGUCUCUCCUAACACAGUAAAACGUGCUGGACCUCGACUGUUGUUGAUUCCAGUGCAGCAGGGUUCUCCUACUCUUAGACCUGUCUCAAACACACAACUUCAGGGACAUCGAAUGGUCUUGCAGCCUGUUAGGAGUCCAAGUGGAAUGAACCUAUUCAGGCACCCUAAUGGGCAGAUUGUCCAGCUUCUACCUUUGCAUCAGCUUCGAGGCUCUAAUACCCAGCCCAAUUUACAGCCUGUCAUGUUUCGGAACCCAGGGUCUGUGAUGGGAAUCCGGUUACCUGCUCCUUCCAAACCCUCUGAGACUCCGCCAUCUUCCACUUCGUCUUCUGCUUUCUCUGUCAUGAAUCCUGUAAUCCAAGCUGUUGGGUCUUCUUCAGCAGUGAAUGUUAUCACUCAGGCACCGUCAUUGCUUUCCUCUGGAGCUAGUUUUGUGUCUCAGGCUGGUACAUUGACCCUGAGGAUUUCUCCUCCUGAACCACAAAGCUUUGCAAGUAAAACAGGCUCUGAAACCAAAAUAACCUAUAGCUCAGGAGGACAGCCUGUUGGUACAGCCAGUCUUAUUCCUCUCCAGUCUGGUAGUUUUGCCUUGUUACAGCUCCCAGGACAAAAGCCUGUUCCUAGCUCCAUUCUUCAACAUGUUGCUUCCCUUCAGAUGAAGAGGGAAUCUCAGAAUCCAGACCAGAAAGAUGAAACAAACUCAAUAAAAAGAGAGCAAGAAACCAAGAAGGUUCUACAGUCAGAAGGAGAGGCUGUAGACUCUGAGGCUAACAUAAUAAAACAAAACUCAGGAGCUGCUACCUCAGAAGAAACUCUGAAUGAUUCCUUGGAAGAUAGGGGUGAUCAUUUGGAUGAAGAAUCCCUUCCAGAAGAAGGUUCUGCAACUGUCAAACCAUCUGAGCAUUCCUGUAUCACUGGGUCACAUACAGAUCAAGACUAUAAAGAUGUUAAUGAAGAAUAUGGGGCUAGGAAUCGUAACAGUUCCAAAGAAAAAGUGGCUGUUCUAGAAGUUAGGACCAUUUCUGAAAAAGCCGGUAAUAAGACCGUCCAAAAUUUAAGUAAAGUACAGCAUCAAAAACUUGGUGAUGUGAAGGUGGAACAGCAGAAAGUAUUAGACAAUCCAGAAGAAAACUCAAGUGAAUUUCCAGUCACCUUUAAGGAAGAAAGUAAAUUUGAAUUGUCAGGAAGCAAAGUUAUGGAGCAGCAGUCUAAUCCACAGCCAGAGGCCAAAGAGAAGGAAUGUGGAGACUCUCUGGAGAAAGACAGUAUUAGAGAAAGAUGGAGAAAACAUCUGAAGGGCCCCUUAACCAGGAAAUGUGUUGGAGCUUCACAGGAAUGUAAGAAAGAGGUAGACGAGCAGUUAAUUAAAGAAACAAAGACAUGUCAGGAAAAUUCAGAUGUGUUUCAGCAAGAACAAGGCAUCUCUGACUUACUUGGAAAAAGUGGAAUUACUGAAGAUGCCAGAGUUCUGAAAACUGAAUGUGAUUCUUGGAGUAGGAUUUCUAAUCCUUCAGCCUUCUCCAUUGUUCCUAGGAGAGCUGCAAAAAGCAGCAGAGGGAAUGGACAUUUUCAGGGUCACUUACUGCUACCUGGAGAACAGAUACAACCAAAGCAAGAGAAGAAGGGUGGGAGAAGCAGCGCUGACUUCACUGUUUUGGAUUUGGAAGAAGAUGACGACGAUGAGAAUGAGAAAACCGAUGAUUCCAUUGAUGAAAUUGUGGAUGUUGUUUCUGACUACCAGAGUGAAGAGGUUGAUGAUGUAGAAAAAACUAACUGUGUAGAAUAUAUUGAGGAUGACGAGGAGCACGUGGACAUUGAGACUGUAGAAGAGCUCUCAGAGGAAAUUAAUGUUGCUCACCUGAAGACCACAGUGGCCCACACACAGUCAUUCAAACAGCCGUCGCGUACUCACAUCUCUGCAGAUGAAAAAGCAGCUGAAAGGAGUCGAAAGGCUCCACCAAUUCCUCUAAAACUGAAGCCUGAUUACUGGAGUGACAAACUACAGAAAGAAGCAGAAGCGUUUGCUUAUUAUCGCCGGACACACACUGCCAAUGAGCGGCGGCGGCGUGGUGAAAUGAGAGAUCUCUUUGAGAAAUUAAAGAUCACAUUGGGAUUACUUCAUUCUUCCAAGGUUUCUAAAAGUCUCAUUCUUACUCGAGCCUUCAGUGAAAUUCAGGGACUAACAGAUCAGGCAGACAAAUUGAUAGGACAGAAAAAUCUCCUGACUCGAAAAAGGAAUAUUCUCAUACGGAAAGUAUCGUCUCUUUCAGGUAAGACAGAAGAAGUGGUCCUGAAGAAGCUAGAGUAUAUUUAUGCAAAACAACAAGCGCUAGAGGCACAAAAAAGAAAAAAGAAGAUGGGAUCAGAUGAGUUUGACAUGUCUCCCAGAAUUAGCAAACAGCAGGAAGGAUCUUCUACAUCAUGUGUAGAUCUUGGACAGAUGUUUAUAAAUAACAGGAGGGGGAAACCUUUGAUUCUUUCCAGAAAAAAAGACCAGGCUACAGAAAAUACCUCACCCUCGAACACUCCACACACCUCUGCCAAUCUUGUGAUGACUCCACAAGGGCAAUUGCUCACCCUAAAAGGUCCCCUAUUCUCAGGACCAGUGGUAACUGUUUCUCCUGAUCUCUUAGAAUCUGAUCUUAAGCCUCAAGUUGCCAGUAGUGCUGUGGCUCUACCAGAAAACGACGACUUAUUUAUGAUGCCACGAAUUGUUAAUGUGACAUCAUUGGCCACAGAGGGAGGUUUGGUAGAUAUGGGUGGCAGCAAAUAUCCUCAUGAAGUUCCUGAUGGCAAGCCAUCUGACCAUCUGAAAGACACCGUCAGGAAUGAAGAUAAUUCCUUAGAGGAUAAGAGUAGAAUCUCUUCCAGAGGAAACAGAGAUGGCAGAGUGAUGUUGGGUCCAACGCAGGUUUUUCUGGCAAACAAAGAUUCUGGUUAUCCACAAAUAGUUGACGUUUCCAGUAUGCAGAAAGCACAAGAGUUCUUACCUAAAAAGAUUUCUGGUGAUAUGAGAGGGAUUCAGUAUAAAUGGAAAGAGAGUGAAUCAAGAGGGGAGAGAGUGAAGUCAAAGGAGUCUUCAUUUCAUAAAUUAAAGAUGAAAGAUCUCAAGGACUCAAGCAUAGAGAUGGAACUGAGGAAAGUAACAUCAGCUAUAGAGGAAGCAGCUCUUGAUUCCAGUGAACUGCUAACUAACAUGGAAGAUGAGGAUGAUACUGAUGAGACACUGACUUCACUGCUCAAUGAAAUUGCCUUCCUUAAUCAACAACUAAAUGAUGACUCUGUUAGCCUGGCUGAACUACCCAGCUCUAUGGAUACAGAGUUCCCAGGGGAUGCUCGGCGGGCUUUUAUCAGUAAGGUUACUUCUGGAAACAGAGCAGCUUUCCAGGUUGAGCACUUGGGAACUGGUUUGAAAGAGUUGCCUGAUGUUCAAGGGGAGAGUGACUCUAUCAGUCCCCUCCUCUUGCACUUGGAAGAUGAUGACUUUUCUGAGAAUGAAAAACAACUUGCAGAACCAGCCUCUGAACCAGAUGUCCUUAAGAUUGUUAUUGACUCUGAAAUAAAGGAUUCCCUCCUUUCCAACAAAAAAGCUAUUGAUGGAGGGAAGAAUACUUCUGGCCUCCUUGCAGAGCCUGAAAGUGUGUCCUCACCCCCCACCCUACACAUGAAGACUGGCCUGGAGAACAGCAACAGCACAGAUACUUUGUGGAGGCCUAUGCCAAAGUUGGCCCCUCUAGGUUUAAAAGUAGCUAAUCCUUCCAGUGAUGCAGAUGGUCAGAGUCUCAAGGUGAUGCCUUGUUUGGCACCUAUAGCUGCCAAAGUUGGGUCAGUUGGACACAAAAUGAACUUAACAGGGAAUGACCCGGAAGGCCGGGAAAGCAAGGUGAUGCCUACAUUGGCACCUGUUGUGGCUAAAUUGGGCAACUCGGGGGCCUCACCAAGUUCUGCAGGGAAAUGAACUUACUUGUCCUUAAGCAGAAGCCAGGCUGUGAGGGGAAACUGAUCUCACCUCCUUUCUCUGCAGGCAUCUGUUUGUUUGUGUCUUGGAACUUGGAUCCUUGACUUGGAUGAUGCAGUGGAUAAUGAUGGGAGAAAGGGGGUAGGGUGCUGACCCUGGUAUUAAGAAGUACUCUGAAAUUCUGAUCAUGUUAAAAUGUGUUACCUCACUUGUGGUGCUGGGUCCCCUCAUCCUCUCUAAGAAGAUGUGAUCCAUUACUGAACACGAGGUGCCCCUCUUACCCAAGGAAUUUAUAACAGGACUCUGGCUCCACAGUGAUUUCUAGUUCUUCCCCCACAAGCGAAAGAGCUGUUUGCAACUUUGGAGUUGCUGUGGACUGAACUGUAGCUUGUAGCUGUUGAAUUAAGUCUGAAAUCUAAGGAAUGUGAUGGACUUGUGCAAAGGGAUCCAGAAGAGAUACUUUUUAGUUGAUGUUUCAAGAAUAGGGAGAGAGAGGAUGUGUACCAUGGAAUACCAAAGUGAAGGACUUUGUGUCAUUCAGCAAAAUUUUCUUUUUUCAUAUCCCAAGUAGCUCCCAUUCCCUCACCUUUUCAAUCAGAAUUAACAAAUUCAAGCCUUUGGUAAAGUAGGGAUGCUUUUAACUUUUACUAUUAAGUUAAAUAUUUUGAGAUCUUAAAAAAAUAGUAGUUCUCCCUUAUUAUUUUUGUGGGCAUUGAAAAGCUCAUUUUGCAGUACCAGGGAUUUUUACUGGGAAUAUAUAUUUUGGAGGUAGGCAUAGAGGGAGCCCUACCCCUUCCACAAAUUACGUCACUCAAGAGACGGCUAAAAUAAAAUGCAUUAUCCCCCCAGACCAGAGACAGUGGCCAAAAUAAAAAAUCAUGGGGCUGGAAAUUUCCCAAAUCAAACCAGCCUCCUGGUGCUUGAAGGUUUCAUUCACUAUUACCUGCACAGGAUGUAAAGAAAAGUCACAGUAGGCACUCUUUACCAGGGAAAUAAGGCAGUAUUUGAAUCACAAGAUAUAUUUUUUAUCUGCAACCAUGGAUUCAAUGAUGUGUAGAGCUUUUUCACUCAUUAGCUGUCAGGAUAUGAAGGACUGACAGUCUGUAAAGAUAUUUAUAUUUUUGUAUAGUUGUUUUCAUAGAUUUCUCAAAGGCUGAAGUUUUCAACCUAGAAGAUGAGAUUUGUAUUGAGUAUAGAAAUGAUGUUUCCUAUCUAGUUUGUAAAUAAUCAUGGUGCACUUGAGGGGUCUCUUGGAAACUCCUGGGGGCAAGAAUCACUAUUCUGAAACUGUAUAGACUGGGAUUUAGCUGCUGCAUUUUGCCUUUCUUAAAUAAUUAUAUUUUGGAAUGUAACCCCUGUUCUGUCUUCAUUGACAGGAUUUGCUUGUGUUGUUACAACACUAACACAAGAGCUUCCAGUGCCUGGGCCGUGCCUAGGUGAUGCUAUUUCUUCUAUAUCUCCUGUCUUGUUUAUCCCAAAUCCCACUCAGCGUAUCUUCAGACCUAGGUUGUGAGACCAACUUUGGAUUGGAUCUAGCCAGUGAAUUAUUAUUUCCAUGGUUGGUUCCCUGUUAACUCUGGUAAUCAACAGAUUGAAAACGGUGGAAGAACUUCCUCUGCAAAUUGCAGUGGGAGCAAAUUCUUGUUGGUUUUGUGCUGCUUGCCUUUCUAGAUCUGCUCAUCAGCACUUAACCUUCCCUCCUCUAAAGGUUACUAAAGAAGCUUGAAGUAGGUAAAGAGUGCUCCUCAGCUUCUCAUUAUCCUUCCACUCUUUACCCAGCAGAUUUCAUUCAAUGCCUUAGCCAAGGAAUCCAGCACCUGUCUCCCCUGCUAAUAAUUGUCCUUAGAGAUGCUAGUACUUUAAUUCAGGUAUAGCAGUUUCCCAUUAUUUUCUUGCUUGUCUUUUCCCUACAUUUCCUCCUGAUUUCCCAAGGCUCUUUUUGUGGCUUUUGAGGGUCAGCCAAGGAGCAGGCAAGUGAGUGAACAAUCCUCAGGAAAAGAAGGACCAUUUUAGCUUAACACUUCCUUUUUUUUUUUUUAAAGAAGAAAAUAGGUAAAUAGGUAAUGAUUCUUGAUUGGAGAUACUUGACUCUUGAUGAGAGUUGUAUGAAGAUGGAAAUGAGGGAUGAUUCCAGGCGUUUUAGGGGGAAGGCUGCAGAUAUCAUUCUAACCCCCAAGAUACUGUGUUCUCAAGACCUCUUAGAGCUAGGUGUUGUCAGGGAUAAUUUGAGGAGGGCUUAGUCUUCAGAACAAUCCUGCAGUCUUGACAGAAAUCUAAAAUCUCCAAAAACUCCUACCCUUUAACCUUACCCUAGGGGGAACUGAUCUAUGAAUAUUACAUGUGUGAUUAUGAAAGGUGAAGUUGAGUGAGAGGAGUUGAGGAACGUGGAAGACAGUGAGCUCUCACCCUAACACUAUAAGAAGCAUGAUCUCAGUAGACCAAUAAUUCGCCUUUUUAUACAUCUGUAAAUAAAUGGAAUGUUUUUAAGAAUAUAAUUAUGUCAGAUUUAGCAUUUUCUUUUAUAUAUUAAAUAUAUAUAUCUUUCCUUUUCUGCUUUCGAAAAGUGACUAUUUUUUUAGAAAUCUAAGAACAGAAGUUUGGUGAUUGAAAGGUAGACUAUAUAAACCUGAAAUAAAUCAGUUAAAAUAAUUAAAGCAGAA